UUUUGUCAGUUCCAGUCCUUCCCGUUCCCAUGGCAGUGGCCAUUAUCGGCCUAUGCCCCCAGCGGGUCUCGGUAUCCGUUGAAAAGCCCAGCCUAGGGGCUGUGCUGGCGCUGGCGCUGCAGAAGGCAUGGCGCAGCGGCUCUGCCGGCUUUUUGGCCGGCACCCUGCAGGUGCUGGCGUUCAUGUGGCUGCGCACCGCCAUGAACUAUCAGUACAAGUUUGGCGGAACCCUGCGCGAGGUGUUGCGGAAGCUCUACGCUGAAGGAGGACUCCUACGGCUGUACCAGGGUCUUUUCCCCUGGGCGAUCUUCCAAGCGCCGCUGUCCCGGUUCGGGGACGUGGCGGCCAACGACCUGGCGCUGGUGCUGGUGGGGCACCUCUUCCCGCAGGUGCCGGUUUCCCUUGCCACCUUCCUGGGGUCGCUGUCCUCUGCAGCCUGGCGGAUCGUCAUCACCCCAGUUGACACCUGCAAGACGAUCCUUCAGACUGACGGGAGCAAAGGCUUUGCCAUUCUGAAGGACAAGAUCUCCAAAGGCGGCUUCUCAGUGCUCUGGAGCGGCUGGGAAGGCAACUACGUGGCCAAUGUGAUUGGCAACUACCCCUGGUUUGCCACCAUGAACAUGCUGCAGAAGUCAGUCCCCAUUCCUCCGGGAAACUUCAUGAAGUUGGUGAGGAGUGCCUUCAUUGGAGCCAUUGCCUCCUCAGUGAGUGAUGUGGUAGCCAAUUCCAUCCGGGUCAUCAAGACAAAGAAGCAGACCAGCAGUGAGAACUGCAGCUACGUCUCUGCCGCUCAACAGAUUAUCGACACGGAUGGCGUGUCCGGCAUCUUCUUCCGCGGUCUGAGCACCCGAGUGUUUACAAACAUCCUGCAGAGUGCUUUCUUUACGGUGCUCUGGAAGUACCUGUCAUCCAGGUAGUUCGACCGCUUCAGCUUGCAUGUGCCAAUUGCUUCAGCCCAGAAAAGCGCACGAACGAGCCAUUGGAUUGGAGCGUGUGAUGGAAAUGCGGCAAAAUCAGCACGCGCUGCGAGUGCAUGCGUCACGCUGCCCUUCCUCCCUUGGUUGCUUCUCCUAUUCCGUGUCUUUCCA